AUGUUAGCAUGUCGCUCCCUGCUGCUCACCUGGGUGAUGCUUGCCACCGGAGUCCGAAGCCACAGCUGGAGACCCUGUACAGACCUGCUGCCUCUUGACCUGCUGGCCAGAGCCCUGCCACACCCAGGACAAGCCCCGCCCCCACAGUUGCAGAUGGUUCAGUCCAAAGGGUCUAGAGGCCUCCGAUUUGUUGGCGCCGUGGCGACAGCUCUGAGUUUUCCCGCCUCUCAAAUCUUCAGCAACUGUGACUACUUCCCUGCCGAGUUCUCAUUGGUCGCCACCAUCAAGAUACCGAGACUGAGACAGAAGAGGAACGAGUACAUCUUCUCUGUCGUGGAUGAGGAAUCUGAUUCGCUGCUGCUGGGCCUGCAUGUCUCAGAGACCCGACUCCACUUCCUGACCACGCCCCCCGGCGUCGGUGGGCUGAGCCGGCUGACCUUUAAGGACGUUAGACUGGACGAUAACUGCUGGCACACGGUGGUGCUGGCCGUCACCGGACCGUACGCCACGCUGACCGUCGACUGUGGACUUCCUCUUGAGCUUAAACAGGUCCAGUCGUUCCCCAGCGCUCUGAGCACCAGAGGGUCCAGGUUCUUCAUCGGCAGCAGGAGGAGGUUGAGGGGCCGCUUCACUGGUCUACUUCGUCAGCUGGUUCUACUUCCUGGUUCAGACGCCACGCCCAGACUGUGCACGACCUCUGACCCCAACCUGGCCGAGCUGUCCGUCCCCCAGGUCCUAAAGUCCAGCCCUCUGCAGGCCGAGCACCGUGGACCGGUGUACCCGUACGAGGCGGAGGCCAGAGUGACUCUGGGAAAUCCUCCUCCAUGUUCUGGACCUGAACAGGGUCAGCUGUGGUUCAACGCUCCGAGGAAAGGCCUGUUCAUCUGUGACGGACUCACAUGGAGGACUCUGCUGCAGAGUCAGGAGCGUCUGGACUAUGUGGAGGACUACCAGGAUCUGUACACCAGCUCAGAAACCUUUGAUGUGGAGGUCUUCUCCAUCCCGUCUGAAGGUCUGUUCAUGGCUGCAGCCAACAGGGACUCUCGUCCCGGUUCAGGUCUCUACAAAUGGAGGAACGGGUCAUUCCAGCUCUACCAGAACGUCAGCACUCAGGAGGCUCGAGCCUGGAAACACUUCACCAUCGGAGAUCAGAUUUUCCUGGUGGUGGCGAACUCCAGGGAGGCGGAGCCUGAGCUGUCAGUCAUCUACCGGUGGAAUCGGCGGCGGCGGCGUUUCCUCCGUCACCAAACUCUUGAGACUCACUCCGCUCUGGACUGGGAGGCCUUCCACAUCCACAACCACAGCUUCCUGGUGGUGGCCAAUCACAGACGAGACUCCAAUCACAACAUCCACAGUGUGAUCUACAGGUGGAACACAGACACAAAGCUGUUUGAGGUGAACCAGACUCUGUCCACGUCCGGAGCGUAUGACUGGGAGUUCUUCUCCGUGGGACCGUACCACUUCCUGGUGGUCGCCAACACCUUUGACGGUCAGACCACCACCAUCAGCUCCACCGUGUACGUCUGGCUGGACGGCUGCUUCCAGACAUUCCAGAGCAUCCCGACGGUAGGAGCGACGGACUGGGAAACGUUUCAGAUCGAUGGCAGGUUCUUUCUCGCUGUUGCCAACAGUCAGAAGGUUUCAAACCACGGCCCGGAUCUCUACAGCAUCAACUCCACCGUGUACGAGCUCAACAGGCUCACGCAGACCUUCAUCCGCUUCCAGGACAUCCUCACACACAGUGCUGUGGACUGGGAGUUCUUCACCAUCGGAGAGGAAAAGUUCUUGGUUGUAGCCAACUCUCAUGACGGCAGCUCCUACACUCUGAAUAGUGUCGUCUACAG